AGCGCAUCAGUAAAUGUGUCUUUCACUGAAUAUUUGAGCGCAUUUAACAGCAUCUGUGUGAAAGUUUGUUCCUUUAUAAUGGCAGAUUACUGGAAGUCACAGCCGCGGAAGUUCUGUCAGUACUGCAAGUGUUGGAUCGCUGAUAAUAAACCUAGUGUCGAAUUUCACGAGAGAGGAAAGAAUCACAAGGAAAAUGUCGCGGCUAAAAUCACAGAAAUUAAGAAGAAGAGCAUCGCUAAACUCAAACAGGAGGAGAAGAUGUCAAAAGAGUUUGCAGCGAUGGAGGCGGCAGCACUUAUAGCAUAUGAGCAGGAUCUGAAGAGAAUAAACGCUCCGUCAGGUGAGAGUUUAUCUGUGACUGCUGCUCCUGUUAAACCACCAAAUAAACCACCAAAUAAACCAACCACUAAAACAAAAACUAAACCACAACAUAAGGCACAAAGACGUGAAUUCAAUGUCCACAAACAGAUGAACAGCAGCAGCAGUAAUAAUAAUUAUAAUCCGGGGACUGUUUGGGUGGAGGGAACCACUGCUGACGGACAUGUUUACUACUACAACACCAUCACCGGAGCGUCUCAGUGGCAGAAACCAGACGGCUUUCAGAGUGAGAGUACACCACCAUCAUCAUCAUCAUCAUCAUCAUCAUCAUCAUCAGCUGCUGCUGCUGGACAGUCUCAGGAAUCUUCUGUCCGGUCAUGGAUGGAGGCUGUGAGUCCUGAAGGAUACUCGUAUUACUACAACACUGAGACCGGCGAGUCCAGCUGGAAGAAACCGGAGAACUUCAGUCCUUCAGACGGAUCUCCUCAUGAGGAUCCAGGAGCAGCGGAGGAGCCCGAGUCUCUUUCUGCAGGAGAAAACUCUGAUGCUCCGAAAGACACGACAGAACCAGAAACAGCAGAACCAGAAACAGCAGAACCAGAACCAGCAGAACCAGAACCAGCAGAAAGCACAAACAGCAGCGUCCCAAAGAUCAGUUUCAGGAAAAGGAAAGAGCCGACAGCAGAUGAAGGAGGUGAGGAACAGGCUGAUGAAGGAGGACGACAGGAGGAGGAGCAGAAAGAGAGUGACAGACGUGUGACUGAAGCAGUGGAACACGUGACGCUCGUGAGGAAACCCAGACAGAAGAACAUCAAUCCAUACGGAGUCUGGGAGCAGAUCCAGCCCGAGGAAGAUCCAUAUGAGAAUGUGGAUCUGCAGCUGCCGCAGAUGGAGAGCGCAGUCGCUGCAGUCGCUCCACCCGCCGUCCCGCAGGAGCCCAGAACCAAAUUUAAAGAGCGCACCAUCACGUCACUGGGAGACGAGGGCAGCGCCGGAGCCACAUUCAAGAAGAGGAAGACUGAGAACGGCAGAACCAGGAGUCUGAGACAGAGAGAGACAGACGAGUAGACGACGCUGGUGAUGGGAAAUCAUUUAGUUGGUCUUCACAGGAGAAUCUAUAUUUGAUAAGUUCUGCGCAGUUUAAGUGUUUGUGAGGGACUUUUGUAAUAUUUUUUAUUGUGGGGAUGAAGAAUCAAAGCCAUCAUUUUGACUUUAAUUGAACAGUGAGUUGAGAUCUUACAGCUUGUGACUUUUAUUACACAAUCAAUCUGAAAUACAUAAAGGGAUCUGUCAUUAUUUACUCACCCUCGUGUCAUUCCAAACCCUUCUGUGGAAAACUAAACGAGAAUGUUAGUCUCAGGAACGCUUUACAAUGAGGUUUUAUUUAACAUUAAUUAAUGCAUUCAGUAUCAAAGAACAUUUAUUAUUAUUCUUAAUAAAAUAUAUUUGAUGAAUAUUUGCAUUUAUGCUGGGUAAUGUUCAUUUAUGAAAUACAGUUGUUCAGUUAGUAAUGCAUUAACUAAUGUGAAUAUAUGCACAUUUUAAUUAGAAACAUGUGUUAGCAUGUGCAGAACGUGCUGUAGAAGUGUUAUUCAUUAUUAAUUAAUGUGAACUAAUACAAUAAAAGAAAAG